CCUCCUGUGGCGCUGGCCACAAGUCGCGGGCGUGCAUCCAGAGUGGACGAAACUCAUGCUGAACAGGUCGGGGAGAGCGUCGAUAUUCCUCAGAGCGCAGCUCUACGCCCCGUCAGCACACGUGGUGGAGGCAUGCCGGCUUGUCCUUACGCAGGUCCACCGUCUCGGCGAGAUCCAUCUCUCAGGCGAUGGCCUGUCUAUCAGCAUGCUACUCAAUACUGUGUCGUAUUCGGCACCGCGGCUACGAUCUCUCAUCGUGUCGAAUUCCGGGUGGAAGGCUGAGUCGGAUGCACCAACUCUCGGGUGGUCGUUCCUCCAAGGAGGGGCGCCUGUGUUAGAGCGUCUGGAGCUCAGAAAAUGUGCCCUCCCAUGGAAUGCCCCCUUGUUGCUGUCCUGCCCGGAACUGCAAAGCCUGGUAGUCGACGGUCUGGGGUCAAAUCGAGCUUCGCUGUCACAGUUUCUCGGAAUUCUGAAGAAUACGCCGCACCUCAAGGUUUUGCACAUGGAACAUGUUGUGCCCACAAGCUACGCUUCCACUUCCCUCGGCGAAAUUGAUAACACGCCACUGCAAGGCUUGCAAGAGCUCUACCUUUCUGGACCAACGUCAGACAUCACUGCGCUACUGACACACGUUACCUUUCCUCGAUCCACCUCUCUCUCGCUCCGCUGCACCUGCAACGACAAGCCAGACGAACUCCCAUCACUCGCGGGUGCUCUGUGCUCUCGCCUCGCUGCAUCAUGCAGCACGUUUCCCCUACGCGCUCUCCACAUCAGCCUCGAUGCCGUCCAGAUAACUAUGCACGCGAAGGCGACGGAGCACAUUGUCGAGAACGAGUCGCUCUGGGACCUCGCCGAAGAGGGCGCCCUGUCCGUAACGCUCGUCGCGGGGCCGGACACGCUGCACACGCCCGCGGCGGUCGAGACGCUCGUCAGCGCGUUUGCGCUGCAGGACAUCGGGGCGCUGCUGCUCGACGACUACGAGGGGUUCCUGGACGAGCCCCUCGUGUGCCACCUGCUCCGCAGGACGCCGAACCUGCGGCUCGUGCACGCCCGGCACGAUGCCGCGUCGCCGGUGGUGUCUGCCCUCCUGUCAGACGCGACGGCUCGGGGGCCGGACGACCCGGAGGUGCUCCCGCGUCUCGAGGUGCUCGUCCUGGAAGAGGUCGACAUGAACUGGGCCUUCGACUCGACGCCCUUCGUGCACAUGCUGCAGGAGGCGCAGUUCCUCCGCUGCCUGCGCCGGAGCCCGAUCGACGAGCUGCGUGUCAAGCGCUGCAUGAACGUCGGGCCGAACGACAUCAGGACGCUGUGCCACCUCUUCACAGACGUUCACUGGGACUCGUUCGAGGCGUACGUCACGGACGCGGAAAGCGACCAGGAGGCCGAUGAGGUGUGGCCGGACGAGAACAUUUGGGCCGAUUAUUGGGAGUAUGAGGGCGUUGAGUGGCAUUCUUGAUCUGCGCAUCUCGAUGGUGUGCUUCUGGGCUGGAUCCACUAAACUAUUCCCUGCUAUUUAUCCUACGCCGGUUAUUAAGGGUUUUCCUAUGUAUUUGUAUGUAUCAUGUAUGAUUAUGAUGCGUUACUGGUAGUCAACAUGGCGCUUUUCAGCUCCAUUCAC